CGUGACGUCACGCAAGCACAAGCGGGCACUUGCCGAUACUUCGAAUUUGUUGAUUUUCUUGUUUUUGCUGUAUCAGAUUGACUCCAUUGAUGGUCGAUAAAUUGUUAGAAUGACAGAGGAAGACGAUGUUGGCCGCCGAUUGCGGCAUAAGACGAAGAAGGUUUAUUCUGAAGAAAUAGGAGAUGAUGAAAUAGAAGGAAGCAGAACCUACAGUAUUGAGAGCAUCCUACAAUCUGACAAAUUUGACGAUGAAAAACUUGUUAAAGUUAUGGAAGGAAAAGAUGUUACAGUGGCAUACUGGCAGAAACAUGGCUUUGAUACCCCCAUAGUAGUACAUGAGAGGUCAGGCCUAGGAAUGAGAGUUCCAAGUGAGAAUUUCAAAGUCAAUGACGUAAAACAGUGUGUGGGUAGUCGCCGUGUCGUUGACGUGAUGGAUGUAAAUACCCAGAAGGCUUUGAUGAUGACGAUGAAAGAAUGGGUAUCCUACUACACAAACCCUGAUAGGAGUGAGCUACUGAAUGUGAUAAGCCUAGAAUUCAGCCAUACUAAGCUAGAGAAUUAUGUCGAAUGCCCUCAAGUUGUGCGCAGUGUUGAUUGGGUAGACCAUGUAUGGCCGCGCUAUCUGAAACUUGGCCAAACUGAGAGCACAAAUGUUAUUGAGAAGAUGAAAUACCCUAAAGUUCAGAAAUACUGCCUAAUGAGUGUUGCUGGGUGUUACACUGACUUCCAUAUUGACUUUGGAGGUACCUCUGUCUGGUAUCAUAUCUUACAUGGAGAGAAGAUAUUUUGGCUGAUAGAGCCAACAGAGGAAAAUCUUCAGAUCUAUGAGGAAUGGACUCUAUCUGCAAACCAGGGGGACGUUUUUCUAGCCACGCAGGUGAAGGAAUGCCAGAAAAUACACUUAAAGGCUGGCUACACGUUCUUCAUACCAACAGGUUGGAUACAUGCAGUGUACACGCCAAAAGAUUCACUUGUAUUUGGUGGCAACUUCCUACAUAAUUUCGGAAUUCCGAUGCAAAUACGAGUUGCUGAAGUUGAGGAAAAGACACAUGUAAACAGAAAAUUCCGCUAUCCAUUCUUUGCGGAGAUGCACUGGUAUCUUUUGGAGCGCUACGUGAGUUGCCUCACAGGGAAGAAACACCGUGUGAAAACGGAAGAGGAAAUAGACUUUGAGAAAACGUGUGAAAAAGAGGGAACUCGGACGAGAAAAAAGAAAGUUGUUGAUGGAGAGGUGAAAGCUGAACCUGAAUCAGUUAAAGUGGAAGAAACCACUGUUGAGAGGCCAUGCAGUCCCAAGAGCCCAAUACUCAAAGACCAUUCCUACGGCAGUCCAGGCCACAUGCACGUUGGCUCUCCGCGAGUAGUCAUUCAUAAUAUAGAUGAUCUAGUCUACCCAAAGUCUCCAGCAAGUGGAGUUCAAUCUCCUGUCUCUAUAGACUAUUCAGAUAUUGCUUCCCCCAAAAGUCCAGAAUCUGUAAGAAGUGAACAUAGUAAGGAGGCUGCUAAAGAGGAUGAGAAGCCCAGACCUAAAGUACAUCUCACCAAAGCUGAAAUUAAUGGUUUAAAGAGAGUAUGCAUCUGGCUGGAUGAGUUGCCCUCCCAGAAGAAGUCCAUACCAAGGGAUAUACCUGACCCGGAAGGACUCUUACGUGAUGCACAGUCCAUAAUAAUGGAACAUGAGGCUGAAGAUGACCCCUUGAAGGCUGUAACUGGGGAGAUUGUGCUGCAGUGGCCUGCUGAGGUCAAGAAACUGAAAAUCAAGCGUGAGACGACAACAUACAGUUUCCCACGUAAGCACGCUGUCUCUAAGAAAGGACCACGUCCUAUUGGUAAUGAUAAACUGCGUAAACGUCGUGGAAGAUGCAAGAGGUGUGAGCCUUGUACGAGGUCUAACUGUAAGGAGUGUACGUUUUGUCAUGAUAUGAAGAUGUAUGGCGGACCAGGAAGAAUGAAACAGUCCUGCAUGAGUAGACGCUGUCUCGCGCCUGUGUUGCCAAGUACUGUUGAGUGUAUGAUGUGUAAAAACAACCCACUAGAUGAUGAGGGCCUGCCAACAGUGCUAGAGUGUGGUAUAUGUUGGGAGAUUUUCCACCCUGAGUGUUUCAAGGAUAAGCAUGAAGACCUAAAAGACAAAGAGGGUGUCAUUAAUGAGGACCUUCCCAAUAGCUGGGAAUGCCCUAAGUGCUGUAAUGAAGGUCUCCAGGGACAAAUUGCUCCAAGUCGUAUGCGUCUCAUGCAGAGAGGCAAAGAUGGCCGACAAUCGUCAACAGAGAGUCAAGAACAGGAUAUAGAUGUCACCACAAACUCAACCCAAUCUGUCCAGGCAGUAAAUGUCUUGAAAUUAAAGUCAACAGUGCUGCCAUCUCAAGAUGUUAAUCCUAAAGUGAAGUUGAUUCCUCUGGUAAUGAAAAGUGAAGGCUCCCUUGUUCCUAAUGCUAAUGGCCAUAUUGAAGAAAUUACAAGUGGACAAAAACAAGUGGUUAUCAAAGUACAGAAAAUUGACAGCGAGAUUCCAACAAAAAUCAAAACUGAGAUAAAUGGAGAUGGUAUCACAGACAAUGAUAGUGAUGUUAUAAUGCCAAGGAGUCCUCCCAGAGUAGCUCGAUUAUUAGAAUCUCCAAUCAGAAAAGAACCGAAGUUGGUUGCGAUCCAACCUAAGAUUGAGGUGUGCACAUCACCAACCAAUCAGCUUCAGUCUGAACCACCUAGACUUUCAAAACAAAGAACGACAAAAGUCGUUAUAUCUCCAAAACCCUCGUCACCCCCGCCCAGGACUGUCAUCAUACGUUCCCCAACGCGGGAACUCCUCUCUGCAGGGGGUGACGCAAUCAAUCCAGUUCAGAUAAGUUUAUUGAAAAAUGUCAAAAUUAAGCUCCAGAAAUCCACCUUUGGUUCAGUUGACUCUAAAAAGUUGACGCAACAAUCAUCAAGUUCUGAAAAUUCUCCAUCUCAGAAUUCUAAUAUGGGACAUACCGGUAAAUCGAAAGUGUUUGGCCAGAACGGUGAUAAUAAGAAUGCGGUAGAAAGUCCCUGUCGCACAUUGCGUGGGUCAACAAAAGGCCAGCCUCAUUCUGAUGACAAGAUGUCUGACAAGAAGGGAACGAGUCCUGAACGACGGAAACGUACAAAUAGUGACAAAGAGGGAAAGAAUGUCCCCAAGAAAAAGGUCAAAGUAGAACCAGGUGCUAAAUCCAAGGCAGACCCCACAUCACCAAUACAAAGCACCCCUGUGAGGAAGACCAGAACCAGAGAGGUAUGCUCUGAUGCAGAUUCCUCAAUGUCAGACACAACAUCUCCACGUACCCCUAGGGGGCGCACAACUUCCAGCAACUGGGGUAGUUCACCCGGGUCAACUCCUGGCAGUCAUGAGAAAAAGAAAAGAAGGUCGAGGUCUGUCUCGUUCUCGAGUCCUGAAUCUCCAGACAGGGCUCAGCCUGGAAGACGAGGCCGUGGUAGGGGUCAAGGUCAAAUCAUGAAACGGGGAAAAGGAAGUAGUCCAUCUGGGAGAGGUACUAAAAAAACUCAAAGUUCAGAAUUGUCUAAACCUGGGAGGAAACCAAUGAAAAAAGAUGGACUCAAGAAUAAGGAUCGUGCAGGUGGGAAGAAAAAGAAAAAAGACCCCUUGAAAAGAAAAACAAGGACUCCUUCUAAAGAUGAAGCAGAGGUGAUGAAGAAACUACGUGAAAUUAAAGGACGUUACGUAGUUCGACCAGCUCCCAUUAAGGCCCCUUCACAAUAUGUGCAAACACUUUCCAAUGAAAAUCAUCCUCUGAACCGCAACAUGUGGAAUAAAAUUUUCCUUCUACUUGAUCAAAAAGACAUGUGUAAAUGUAUGCGUGUGUGUAAAAGCUUCUAUAGAUGGUGCUUAGAUCAGCAAUUCUGGGUAAAAAUAGAUCUGAAUCGGCAAAUUAUUCGUCAACAGCAUUUGAUUGGAGUUGUUCUCCGUCAGCCUCAGAGCUUAGAUCUUAGCUACACAAACAUUUCCCACAAGCAACUGCAAUGGCUGGUUGCUAGGAUACCACAGUUGAAAUCCUUAUCACUUGACGGGAACUCAUGGAGCUCUAUAUCGGCACUAUGUUCAUCCCAGUGCCCUCUACUGGAGACCUUAGACAUUAACUGGUGCACUGGAGUAAAAGAUGACUGUGUGCGUGAUCUAGUAUCGCCACCUUGUGAUCAUCGCCCGGGUGUAAAAGACAUCUCACGACUUAACAAUCUGAAGACCUUGCGUAUCGCAGGCUGUGACAUUACUGAUGAUGUCAUUUCAGUGAUGACACUUCGUCUCGCUAGCCUACAGAAUCUUGACCUGAGCUACUGUGUGCAACUUACUGACAAUGCAGUUCAGACUAUCGCCAAAAGCAAUCAGUUGCACCUCAACAAUUUGCAGUUAAAUGGAUGCAAUAACCUAACCAAUGCUUCACUCACAUUACUGAAAAAAUGUAAAUAUCUGAAGAUGAUAGGGCUGGAAAAGUGCCGAAAAAUCAAAAAACAGAAAAAGUAAAAAAUCAAAGACAAAUACAGUCACGCUACAGUUGUGUGUUUAGCUGUCAGGUGGUUCUAUUUGGAAGGUGGCACAAAGGAUAAAUUGAACGAGUUACUGUUAUAAUGUAGAAAUAAUUAUCAUUUAUUCUAAAAUGUCGAAUCUCAAAAAGGUGCAACAUUUCUAUGUGAGGCUACAGAACUUGUAGUCAAUUUUACAAAAUUCUGAGGGAUGAUGUUCAAAUUAUCAACAGCUGUGGAAUAACGAAGUUAGUUUCAUGAGGGGGAGGGGGUAAAUGAUGGUUUCGUUAGUGAAUAAUGAACAAAUAUUUCACUCUAUUGAGGUGAAUACCUGUACAUCUUUCACAAGUGAUAUUCCACGAAGCCAGAAGGGCAAGUGGAAUAUCACCUUGUGAAAGUGCUUCAGGUAUUCACCGAAAAUAGAGUGAAAUAUUUGUUUUAUUAUAUCACUGUCUAGCUAAACAUCCCUAAUAUUAUUAAGUCAUAGGUUAACAUUGAAAUACAUUGAAUCUACUCGGUUCGUCUGCCAUUUUGACUUACACUGAACUAAAUUAUUUACACUGAACGAAAACAAAUUCUUUGAAAAUUCCCGGGAGCGUGGGAUAUCGCUAGAUAUCUCACGGUUGUCUUAUCUGAUUAGCAUUGCCAUUGAAUAUCGCCAGAUAUCCCACGACAUGUGACCCGGUUUUGACCAAUCAUACUGUCGCUAGCUAGAUAGUGAUAUAAUAACGCCAGAUAUCCCGCCACAUGUGACCCGGUUUUGACCAAUCAUACUGUCGCUAGCUAGAUAGUGAUAUAAUAAUGUUUAUUAUUUUAUUUAAUAUUCAAGUGAAAGACAAAUUAACAUUUUAAAAUUUCGUUGCUGAGGGGAGGGGGGGUCAAAUCAUAACAAAAUUAACUUGGUUAAUCCACAGCUGUUGAUAAUUGGACACCAUCCCUAAGCAAUCCAAUCAUAUCAAUACUUUUGAAUUUUAAGUGGAAUCACAUUGCACUGGGACACUUCUUACCAUAUGGAUACUAAUACGGCUGUCACAUCAUUUGUAUAUACUAUUGUACAUGUAUCUUGCCUUUAAGUUUGAAUAAUGUGUGUACAGUAAUCUAAAAUACCUUACAUAAGUUGGUUGAGGGGUAUAGUGCUUAAGGAUUUUGUUUGUACAUUUAUUCAAUAUAUCUCACAUUUAUAUCAUUAAACUUAAUGGCCAGUUUGUCAUAGUAUUAGCCUGCUAGGGUAAAACACCAGGUGAGGCAAAUGUAAAUGGGUGAGGCAACAAGGUACAACAUGAGGUACAAGGUGACACAAAAAUGCCACCCAUUAGUUUUGGAAUAGCUUUCUCAAUAAUGAAGGAAUCUUUGUGAUUUUUUGUGUAAAUAGAGUGUUCAGUGGAAGAAAGGUUGUUGUACUUGUAUAGCAUCAACAAUGCGAUUUAGAGAUAUCACAUUUUCCAUCCAGGUAUGCCAUUCGUGAAAUCGUUAAAAAUGUUCGAUUUUUGAAAUUUCCAAGUUAUUGACGCUAUGCAAGAAGAGCAAUCUUUCUUCCAUUGAACACUCUAUCUACACUCUAACACUACACUCUAUCUUGGGGCUUUGCACUAGAUUGUCAUUCUGUCUAUUGAGAAAGUUAUUCCAAAAUUGGUGGGUGGCAUUUUUUGUGUCACCCUGUAUACUAGUUUUAUACUUUAAUUCUAUUUUCACUUGAAUAAAUGUUUCUGCCUCAUGCCUAUCUAUGUCCAUGCAGCCUCGGAGGGAUAUGUAGCAGGCUACCAACAUAAAUGUUUAGUGCAAUUUAAGUCCAUUUUUAACAACAUAGAGCUUAACUUCCUGAAUUCCAGGCUCUAUAUUCAGUUUGAAUUUGAAACUAGAGGAUUUUUCAUUUUCUCCAACUUUUGACAUUUUACUACAUACAACAGGUGAUUUUAGUGAAAGAUUUUGUGACAGAUUAUCUCAUCACUCUAGCAUUCAAGGUCAGUUCUAAGGUGACAAGAAAUCUCGUCGGGUAGUCAAGCGAUUAAAGUGACUCAACCUUUAUUGCCUUAUUGAAAUUGCCAGAAAAUGUAUAUUUAAAUUAGUGUCAUUCACAUUUUUUUAUAUGGAAAUCAAAGCUUCAUUUCAAUACCAAGAGAGUGAAGGUAAGCUAAAAGAAACAACGUUUUUUUAGAAGCGAAGUUAAACGAAUGGAGCCAUAUUAUUUCAACUUACUACAUGUAAGUUGGCUACAUGAGUUUCUCCUAUUGCUUCUCAUAGAAUAUUCCAAGGCAAUAAAGUUGCUUUCUAGUUUUUUUAAUGAAACUAUGUUACAGAAAAAUGUUUGUACAGUCCAGUUACAGUAUAUGGUUCAUGG